AUGCGCUUCCAGGCUUCUCUCACCUCUCCUGCCUCUUUGUGCGACACGGCCAGCAGCAGCAGAGCGGCGACAUCACCCUCAUCAUCAUCGUCAAUCAGCAGAGAGGCAAACUUAACAUGUAACUCUGACGACCACGCCCAAUCUCACCACCAACCCACGAAUCCUGCUAUUCCAAGCUACCAAUACCCACCGCCACCACACUCGGCCUCGUCUUCGUCUUCAUAUCCUCGACUGCCCUUGCCGAACUUUACACAGUCAAGCCAUCACUCGACGGCCGCUCAGUCCCGACCGCAGCAGCAUUCGACUCCGUCCGCUUCUUUGCACGCUGCAUUGAGGGAAGGUGCCGACUUUCUACCACGACCUUCUAUUGUUCCACGACUACCUCAGCUUUCGCGUCCCAACUCUGCUUCUACUCAAUCUUCCAGCUUUGGCUACAUCCCAAACCACUUCUUCUACUCACCACCUCAGUCGCCCCAAGAAUCUGAUCCGCCACGCCAUACCGCCAACUCAAACUUGACGCAUCAGUUGGCAACUUCCUCAUCCGUCCAAUCCGUUGCAGGUCCAUCCUUCACCAACAACUCUGUCGGUCCCUCCAUUCGCAACCCGCUUUCACACCAGCAAGCUAUCGGUCAUUCCAUCCCGAUCGAGCGUACGGCCAGUGCUUUCAGAAGUGGACAGUCACAAUCACAGUCACACUACCAGAACACUGCCGACCAACAGCACGUGAAAGAGGAAGCUUCUACAACAAUGCCUGUUCCAACAUCUACUGCCACCACUUCUCGCAAACGCGCUCGUCCUUCAGAACCUGGGUCGCCACCAUCUGCAACUAAGCGUCACGACACCGACGAAGACGAGAUCGAAGAGCUAGAGCGUGAGGCGUUGGUCACCAAGCAACGUGAGGAGAGUAACAAGAUCAGCAGAAUCGGAGACUUGAACUGCAUGAUCUGUCUUGAACACUUCACCAACAUGACUGCUACGCAUUGUGCGAGGAAGAAGAAAUAG